AAAAAAAAAAAAUCCCUAAUAAAUUAGUGAAAAAAUAUAAAUUUUUGUACUAUAAUGUCCAAGAGUGAAAUUCUUUACGUGAAAGGCAUGAAUGUGUCUGAAAGCGAAGGUGAUGAUGGAGACAAUGAUAUCUGGGAUGAUAGAAAGCUGAACGACGCUUACGACAAGGCGCUGCGAAUUGCCAAUGCAGAGGUUGCGAAGAGAGUAGCCAUGUCGACCAACACUCAAAAUAAAAAUAAAGAAGGACAACCCAACAAAAAGAAAGGCAAACCCAUAACAAAAGAUGCACCAAUUAAAGGCAAUAAAAGUCAAAACACACAGUGGAAGGCAGGCAUGCCUUGCAGAGCGAUUUACGAAGCAGACGGUAUUGAGUAUGAAGCAGUUAUUCUGAGAAUCAUCACUGAUAAUGAGUGUGUUGUGAAAUAUUUAGGUUAUGGAAACGCAGAGGUUGUAUCGAUUAGUACCUUGAAAUCCUCCCUGGGGAAAGAUGAACAAGCACGUCAAAUUCAGGAAGCGUUAGAAGAGGACAAGAUUGAUGAAGCGUACACAAGCCUGUCGCCGAACAUGGAUAAAAUGGAAUGUGUCAGCGAUACAGCUCCUACCGCUGAGAGCACAGAGCAGACAAUCCCUAGAAAGAAGAAAACUGGUAAAAAGAAGAAGAAUCAAAAUGCCAAGGUGCCCAAUGGGUUUGAGAUGCCCAACGGCUUUGGAAUGCCUCAGAUGCCGUUCCCGAUGCCAAAUAUGUCAGCGCUUAGAAACCUAGGUCCGAUAGAUAUGCCGCUGCCGCCGCCGCCGCCGGGGCUUGGCUCGCGGGGGGAAGGGGAAGAACAGGCCGUCUCCUCCAUGCUGCUCAGCUGGUACAUGAGCGGGUAUUACACCGGGUUAUACCAGGGGCUCAAGAGGGCCAAGGAAAAUCGCAGCAACGUCUAGAAAAACACAAAGUCCCUUUUCAUUUAUUUUAUUUUAAUCUCGCAUAAAAUUAACAUAACUACAAAUAAAAAUAGACUUGCCGUUUAUUCUUGUAAAAUAAAUAAGAUUAUGCCUCCAGUUUUCUGUGUAGCUAUGUACAAAAUAUACAUUUGGACGCCAUUUUAUAUUGAUAUACAUUUUUUGUACAAGUUAAUUUUCUAUCUGAUUGGUGGGUCAAAUUGUGUUAAGGUGUCUGCUCACUAUACUGUAUCAAACCAUGACGUAUCGACUUAAGGUCCUAUGUCCCCUAGAUGGGGCAGAGGGCGUCCACAGCAGUCUUCCAUUGCGUUCGGUCUUGAGAAAACCAUGAUGAUGCUAAAAAGUAAAAACUUAUAAUUUACUCGGUGAUGAACCAAUUUUGUGAACGUUACCCGAGACAAGCUGUUCAGUAUAAAAAUAAAUAAAAUAAAUAAUAAUAUAAAACACCCCCGGGAGCGUUACGAGUGCGUUGCCGGCCUUUAAUCAACAAUUUUUAGUUCAGGACAUACUCUUAAUACUUGGGUAUACUGAUAAUAAUUCAUAUAAAGAGCGAAUAUUCUUUUACAUUAAUAUAGUACGGCCAUGUAUCAUACAGUGUAGUGAGCAGACACCUUUAGAUUGAAAUAAGUCUAUGCAUGAAAUUAUUUUAGGCAGAACUUUCCUAUCACAUAAUAUAGUUCUAUGCAGAAUAACCGAAGUAUAAAUUAAGUGUCUAUAAAGCAUGUAUCUUUUAUCAAACCAAGAAAAUAGUCAUUUUCAAAUAUAGUAUAAUAUUCAACAAUA